AUGAUACGUCAAGUCAUGAAAGUGGUGGUACAAGCGACUGAGUCCUCAUCGCCCGAAGAUAAUCACCGCAAACAGAGACCGGAUGUGACCCACAGUCAGCACUCGGAGCCCAAAGCCAGUGAUGGGACAGUACUAGUGAGACAUAUGAAUGGCAGACAACAUGUGACCGAUAGUGAGCUGCAGUCAGAGGACGAGCACUCAGACAAAGAUAAGCCGCGAGUCCUGCGCCGUGACUCUGACUCUCACGGGUCGCCUCCUCAGCGCCUGACCCCCGCUCUGCAUACCAGUGAUAGCGAUGCGAUGGGCAUCGGUGGCAAAGUGCUGGGCACUGGUAUUAUUGGUGCCAAAUAUAGCAAAACUGGAAAUGUUUACAGUUGUAAGACAUGCACCACUUAUGCCACCGAUAAGAAGGCACUCCUCUUGAAGCACAUCAAGUCAUGCCAUCCCUCGCUCCCACUGCCACCCGGACACCAGUCAUCCCUACCCCUCCCCGCCCUCCAUAACAACAACAACAUCACCACUGCUAUGACCACUACUGAUGAGAGCGAUGACAACGAGUACCACCACUCGUCCGCACCUCAGGACAGAUACUGUACUAAUUGUGACAUUCAAUUCAAUUCAUACAAGACUUAUAAGGUCCACAAAGAGCUGUACUGUGGUUCCAGACAUAACUCCAAGUAUUCGUCUCCAUCGGCACCGAUGGCCACCACAAGCGCACCGACACGUAAACGAUCUCAUAAUAGCGAAAGCGAGGGCUUCCCGACUGCCGGUGCGACCGCACACACACUCACCCCCAACACUCACCCAAACUUUCCUAAACUCAUUCAACCCCUCAAUAGUAUGCCAUUCAUUAUGCCAUCCCUGGCUACCGGAGCCGUGAGUGCCGGUGCGAACGCCGCCUCUCUUCUAAGUCAGACCGUCUAUAUCGCCAUAUCUACCAAUCCGUUGAUAUUAGUUCCCUGUGCUUACAAUCCGAGCGCCGGCGGUCUCAGUCUCCCCAACAUUACGUCAAUGGGAACGCCAUUCACAGUACCCACUGAUGUCUUGUCCGCCAAUCACUUAAUCUCUUCGCUCAACACCUCAAUGAUGGCAAACAUGAGUCCAUCGGAAGCCCACAACCAGAAGACACGACAGCCGAAGGCCACGUCUUCUCCCGUAAAGUCCAACAGCCAGUCCUCAGAGGAACUGCCCUUAGAUUUGAGUGCAAAGCAAAGCAAAGGCAGACAACAGACCACUGAAGACAACGGCUCUAAACGCUUGAAAUAUCAGAAACUGGUGGACACGGAGUCGAUGGAUGAGUGCAACACUCGGUCCACGUGUUCGCCCACACCGUUGGCCAACCCGUCGGAGUUGUCUCAACUGAUUCCGCAGACACUGACGGGUGGGUCGAGUGGUUUGCCGGCUGUGGAUGUGGUCGUGAAACAGGGGAAGAGUCGAUGCAAUGAAUGUAAUAUUGUUUUCUAUAAACACGAGAACUAUUUGGUUCACAAACGCCUGUAUUGCGCGUCCAGACGGAUGGACAGCACCGGUAGUUCACCCGAACAUAUGGCCGACGAGUCGCACAACUCGUCGCCAGAGUUGACGAACGACGCGAAGUCGACCUCCCAUUCCUUCAACGCCAACAUUCACACCUCACCCGCCCGUUCGACCACCACUUCAUCGCCCGUCCCCUCCCCUCCUAACCCACAGCCGCCUGUAUUUCAGUUCUAUUGUGUCGCCUGUGGUAUCAAAUUCACGUCACUCGACAACCUCCAGGCGCACCAAACCUACUACUGCCUCAAACGCAGUGUCAUUCCCGGCGCCGCCAACAGCACCGACACUCUGAGUGAAGGAUCGGCCGCCGACUACACACUGCCGGCCAGUAGUGAACUGAUGGCAGACUUUCAUUGCACUAAAUGUAAGGCCACUUACGUUAACGAAGAGACACUCCUAUCGCACGUGUGUUCCGAUGCCGUGCACUACAACUCGCACUCCACUCACAAACACAACUCCAGUUCCCUAUCAUCCGGUGCCCUAACGAUGCAGUGCUUCAAAUGCACGAUAUGUGGCUAUAAGGGCCAUACCCUGCGAGGGAUGCGAACCCAUGUGCGCAUCCAUUCAGACAAACUUCACGGUGUGUCCGAAGAGUCGUUCAUCGCGUGCAUCGAUGACAUCCCUAACCGCAGCGCCAGAGGAGUGGGCGGAUCGCGACGGCGCCGAAGUGUGGAACCGGUAGUCAACAACUGUGUGCCCAUUGGCUCCCAAUCGCAGGCCAGCAACGCGUCGGUCGCCUCGAGCGUCGACACCCGGCUCUCGGAGACGGAGGACACGGGAGCCGUGAGCUGUACGGACACGGAUGCGAGGGCUGAGCUGAAGAAUGGCGACAAAUCGGUGGUCAACCAGAACGAGAUGACCCACAACUGCCAGUUCUGCUACUAUUCGUCUACUUAUAAGGGGAAUGUCGUCCGACACGUGAAGCUCGUGCACAAGGAUCUCGUCCACCACUCGUCGUCCCAACACUCGCCCUCUUCGACGACAGCCUCACUGCCGGCCGACCGCGUGAAGCGGGAGUUCACCGACAACGAGGAGAACAGUCAUCAGUCGGCGCUGUCGGUCAGCGACCAUCACAGCGACGAACAAUCGGAAGAGCCGCUGAAAGCCAUACCUCUGGUCGUGUCGUCCAAGUCGUCGCCCAACAAGAAGUCGGGUUCGCCUCUGAACAACAUUUUGGUGAACUCCCAGUCCAUGCCAGUGAACCCGUCGGUGGCGGCCGUGGGGGUGGGGGUGGGGGUCGGGGCCAACAAGAAGGUCGGUCCGAAGUACUGUCGCUCGUGUGACAUAUCAUUCAACUAUUUGGCCUCUUUUAUAGCUCAUAAGAAGUAUUACUGUUCAUCACAUACUAACGAGUCGACUAACAUCCAGUCCCUCCCGACCCACGAACACACCUCCCGAGAGUUGGCUCUCAACUAA